GGCCGCCGAGCAUCCGGGCUCCUGGCGGCGGCGCUGCGGAGGCUCGCGGGAGACGCGGCGCGCAGGGCGAGCGGGCGGCGGAGCGGACAGCGGCGGGGCGCUCCCGGGGGGCCGGCGGGGCCGAGCGCCGCGCGUCCCGAGCAUGGCGGGCUCCCUGCCUCCCUGCGUGGUGGACUGUGGCACCGGGUAUACCAAGCUUGGCUACGCAGGCAACACUGAGCCCCAGUUCAUUAUUCCUUCAUGUAUUGCCAUCAGAGAGUCGGCAAAGGUAGUCGACCAAGCCCAAAGGAGAGUGUUGAGGGGAGUUGAUGACCUUGACUUUUUCAUAGGAGAUGAAGCCAUCGAUAAACCUACGUAUGCUACAAAGUGGCCAAUACGACAUGGAAUCAUUGAAGACUGGGAUCUUAUGGAAAGGUUCAUGGAGCAAGUGGUUUUUAAAUAUCUUCGAGCUGAACCUGAGGACCAUUAUUUUUUAAUGACAGAGCCUCCACUCAAUACACCGGAAAACAGAGAGUAUCUUGCAGAAAUUAUGUUUGAAUCAUUUAACGUACCAGGACUCUACAUUGCAGUUCAGGCAGUGCUGGCCUUGGCGGCAUCUUGGACAUCUCGACAAGUGGGUGAACGUACGUUAACGGGGAUAGUCAUUGACAGCGGAGAUGGAGUCACCCAUGUUAUCCCAGUGGCAGAAGGUUAUGUUAUUGGAAGCUGCAUCAAACACAUCCCGAUUGCAGGUAGAGAUAUUACGUAUUUCAUUCAACAGCUGCUAAGGGAGAGGGAGGUGGGAAUCCCUCCUGAGCAGUCACUGGAGACAGCAAAAGCCAUUAAGGAGAAAUACUGUUACAUUUGCCCUGAUAUAGUCAAGGAAUUUGCCAAGUAUGAUGUGGAUCCCCGGAAGUGGAUCAAACAGUACACGGGUAUCAAUGCAAUCAACCAGAAGAAGUUUGUUAUAGACGUUGGUUAUGAAAGGUUCCUGGGACCUGAAAUAUUCUUUCACCCGGAGUUUGCCAACCCAGACUUUAUGGAAUCCAUCUCCGACGUUGUUGAUGAAGUCAUACAGAACUGCCCCAUUGAUGUGCGGCGUCCGCUGUAUAAGGUAUAA